CCUUGUUUAGGAUGGGGGCAAAGGGCAAAGCGGAGCUCCAGGACAACCUGAGGCUGUGGUACUACCCACCUCAGCCGAGUCCCCUCUACCACCAGGCACCUUCGCCAGACCGCUUCUUCGCCCAUCCACUACUCAUGUGGAUGCCAUACAAGUUGUGGAAGGUUAAGGUGGUCUGCCCCAAUCCUUCUUGUGGUGGGACUCAGUUGACUGGGGCAGGGCUUCACAAAAGGGCACGGCGGGUCCUGGAUGUUGACCGGAUUUACACCAUGGUCACUGAGACACUGACUUGUGCCAAGUGUAAAGCCUCACACGUGUCCUGGAGCCAAGCUGUCCUCCAACAGCUGGACUUGGCUCACAGGUCAGAAUUUCGGGUCAUCAUGACUCAAAAGUAUGCCUGUGACGUGCGGGUGAUUCGACUUCUGCGGGAGAGGGGCCUGGGCAACAGUCCCACGCGGGUGUUGAAACAGCUGAGGGAGAACCACACAGAGGAGUGGCUGCAACGGGUGUCACGGUACACCACAGAGUGUAUGGGCUUCCUCCAGGGCCCUGCACUGCUGCCUGUAACGUUCCCUGAGCCUCCACAGCUUGACGUUGUGCCGAGUUGCAAGUGGCUCCUGUCUGUGUACAGCCAGGACAUUUUGGCAAGGCUGGAGGACAUCAAGGCCCACAUAACCUCAACAUAUGGCUCCAUUCUUAAGAUGGACUCCACAAAAAAGAUCACAAAGAAGCUUGCUGGGACAGCAAAGAGAACGGCUCUCUGGCUCACCUCCGUGGGAAACGAGCAUGGCCAGAUUUUAAUCAGUGUCCUGACUGCUCAGGAGGGAGCUGGUUUAGACAGGAUGGCAAGUGACCUGGUGAAGAGGUACAAGAAGGCCGGUGUAGAUCUCCCUGUUGCUCUGUAUGUGGACUGCGGAUGCUGUGCUGAGGCAACAGAGACCACUAAGCUGCAGGCCAGAUUCAGCGGGUGGCCACAGCUUCUGGUAAGGCUGGAUAUUUGGCACUUCAUGCGGCGGCUUGCCCUCGGAUGCACCACCGAUGCCCAUCAGCUGUACCCACUUUAUAUGUCACGCAUGUCAGCGUGCAUUUUUGAAUGGGAUGCAGCUGAUUUAGCACUGCUGCGUGAAGCCAAGGCCCAGCAGCUUCAGGCCCAGGGACUGUCUUCCGCAGAUGUGGACAGGCAUCUGACCAGGGAGGAGUUAGCUCUCCACUGCCGACGGAGGACACGAGGAGUGACUACCACAGUCAAGCUGUUGGAGGAGCUGUUUGAUGUGCUCAUGGGGUCCCGUGGCAACGACUCCCUUGGUGUUCCUCUGUUUGAUCAGGAGAGGAUGGAGCACAUCUGGCGGGUGCAGAGGAGGCAUGUGAAGUGCAUCCAAGAUCCACUGGGUGUUGCUCUCUACACUAAAACCGGGGAGCUGACCAAGGGAGGUGUGCGGCUGCCGGUGUUUAGGUGUGCCCGAGGCUCAACUUCCUUGGAGUCUUUUCAUCUCCACCUCAACCGCUUCAUACCAGGGAGCAGUGCCAACAGCCUAAAUUUUCAGGUUUACCUGUUGGAAGGGCUGCAUAGGUGGAACCAGGACGUCUCCUCUGUGCUGCUACACGGGUGAUUUGCUGCAUUCUGUCAACAACAACUACGAGAAGCUGUUUGGCAGAAAGCUAGCACCCGAGUUCUGUCCACCCGCACGUUACACAGGCGAGCUCAUCGGACUGCAGUACCUGUUCCGGCAGACUGGUCAGGCACUGCAGGACAUGAACCCGGACUCAGAGGACACCGCUCGCUUGGUAGAAGAGCAUGAUGCGCUGGUCGAUGAGGAAGAUGAGGGCUUCUC